AUGAAUAAGCAAGUGUGUAGUAACUUCAUUUAUGUAAUGACGAAUUUUACCGAUAAAUUGAGUAAUGGAGACUAUCAAAUUAAAGAUGCUAGUCAUUUCAAAGAGUAUUGUAUUCAUGAUUGUUCUCAUGGGCUCGAAAAAAUUAAUGCUGGAUGCUUAUAUUUUUUUAAUGAAUUCUUUAAGAAUUCUUCUGUAUUUGAGUCUGUUGCAAAAAGUAACAUCAAUAUUGUUGAAUACAUUAUGAUAUGGUUAAUUUAUAUGUUAAACCUAAAGAAUAAUGCGCCAGGAAUCACCAAUCAACAACAUUUUUAUGAUACAUAUAUAAAGACUGGUGAAAAGUACAUUAAUAAUAUACCUAAUAUUAGUGAAUAUAGCAGUUAUAAGGAACUUGUAGAUAAAAAUAAUUAUUUUUUAAGUAUGGAUAAAAGCAUUAUAUCUAAAUUAUAUGAUGCAUUAAAAUCAUUAUGUAACAUGUAUAAUGAAUUUAACGCAAACACGCCAGAUUGCACGAAAUGUUUAGAAAAAGCUAAUGAAUUUAUUAAAAUAUAUGAUGAACUUAAUAAAGAUUCUAAUAGAUCUGAUAACAGUUCAUAUAGACAAGUAUUGUGUACUUUAUCAAAUGAUUAUAAUAAUUUUAAAAAUAAAUAUAGUGAUGUUAAUUGUUCCAAUUCUUCGUCAUUUCCAACGAUAGAAAAAGAAAAAAUCCCUGUAAACUGUUCUGAACAAACUGUACAAAUUUCUGAAGUUGCAUCAAGUCCGAUAGCAAACAAAUUAAUUAUAGUUUUAUCGAUAUUUGGUGCAAUAGCAUUUUUUUUAGGAAUUUCUUAUAAGUAUUCAUUAUUUGGAUUUCGGAAACGAUUUAAAAAACAACAAAUAAGAGAAAAAAUAAAAAAUAUAAGGAAAAGAAUGAAUCAUUAA